AGAUACUGGCAGGCUACGUAUCCUCAUCUGCUGUGCACUACUAGGCAAAAAGGACGACAGUCAACACAUAAUUCUUUCCAGGACCUUUCGCCCUCGAAUGCUACAAGUGACAAGUCAAAUGGGAAAAGACCGAUUUUCUACUUUCAUAUCAAAGCUACGAUGUUCAGCCCUUCUGGAAGUUUUGCAACGGCUCACAAUUUGUCGCUUCCGUUCACCAUAGCAACUCGGAGAAAUCAGGACUGUCAAGUGCAAAGAAUGAUGUCGUCCUAUACUGCUACCAUAUUUUGGCUAUAUGGUUCUAACCACCAAGAAGGACUUCUUCUUCAGUGGGUUGAUACAGGCAUGCACUGGGAACAAUUCAAACAUUUAUACAAACAGCACUUCAAAGUGAAUGCCGGUGUACAAAGAGGUUUGAUCGAUGGCGAUUUUGAACUAUUGAAAUACAAGCUACAAUGCCCCGAUUGUCAGUCGGGUGAGAGUGCGAAUAUCAAUGGCAUUCAGCAACGCGUAACAUUCAAGAAUGUCCUAUGCCCUCAUUUGCGAUACGAAUGUGGUAGCACGAAUGUACGAUUCUCGGUCUGGCGUGGAAUGCUUGAAUUGUUGCAAAUUUUCCAUGAUACAAGGAAUAAUGUGCGAAAAUUAUGGGAAAUGGGAUUGCUUCUGGGAUUUCUUGAAUUUGAUGAGGUAGCGAAAAGAAAUUUGAUCGACAAGGUUACAGUAUGCUUUAACGUUUUUUUGUGGAAAAAAUAA